GUGGUGGGGCGAGACCAGCAGAAAAGCCGGCAGUAGUAGUGUACAGUAGCAGCCCAGCUCUGCUGCGGCCAUUUUAAACUUCGGGGAGCGGCGGGAGGAAUAGAGGUGUUGCUUUUUGUUGGCAAAUUAGCUACACCUUCUUUCUGUAUGUGCGUUUAAGGGCUGGCCUCCGUCGCAAAGGAGGGAGGAAAAAAGAAGAGGGAAUGGUGUGUUGAACCGCGGGUCUCGUCUUCAGUAAGCUAGGCUGGCUUGUAUUGCUGAAUGCUAAGAGAGGCGAGAAGAGGAAGCACUGACCGCUGCAACACGAGCUUACAACGACGGGGGGGUAGUGGCGGCGGCGGCGGCGGCACCCGCAGACAGAAUAGCCUCGCUCGGUUGGGUCGCUCCCGUUCAUUCUUUCCCACCGCCCCCGCCUUCGGGUGCCAGGCAGCGAAGCAGUUAGGGAAAGCCAGUCAGCCUGCGUGACUUUGGCCUCCUCUUGCGUCUUCCGAACGCUAUUGGUGACGCUGGACACAAUAAGGGAAGACGGGUGAGGAGCGGAGCCGACGCGACUGCCGCUUCUGCUUCUUUUCUACCCCCUCUCUUCGUCCCUUUCUCCUCUGUUAUAGGCCUAAUUGGGCGACUGGACUCUUGGUUUGUGAGGGGCGCUUGAGUAGGUCCUCUUUGCUUUCCAGACCUCUUAUUUCCCUCCCCCGUCAUUGAGUGCUAACUCAGCCUCAGUCACGGUAGGCGAGGAAAGGCAAGGCUGCAGGGUUGGCGGCGGAAGAGGCAGGCCGAGGGGAAAGGCCUAGUGCCGCGGCUGCGCCUCUGAGGCGCCGGCGUCUGGGCAAAAAGCGACUCCUCAGCGCAAUGGUGUGAGAACGGAGCAGCGGCUGAAUGAAGAUGGCCGGUGGCGGCGGCGGCGGCGGCGGCGGAGUCGGCAGAAGUGUUGGGGGCUCCAGACAGAGCAGCUUUCUCGAAGCUUUGGAUAGCUCACAGUCCCAGCCACAUGGAGGUUUUAAAAUUACCUGGAGCUGUGAUCAUUCAGAAGAAAGUGAAGGAGAUACAGAAAAAGAUGAAGCCAGUCUGCUGAGUGUGGAUGAGAGUGAUGGAACCUGCAGUCCUAAUGGUGAAAAAAAGAAAGCAGUACAUUUUCACUCAGUAACUACUGAUACCAGAAGUGAUUCUUUAAGAACAUACACUAAACGAAGCAAAACUGAACCUAGUAUCUUAAAAGGAAACCCAGUUGGACUCAACAUGUUGGGAAGCAGCAAGAAACUAAGUGAAAAUGUUCAGAAUAUUCGUUGCUCUGGAACAGUAGGACAGGCUAGACAUUGUCACCAUGCUCAUGUAAAAACAGCAGCACAAAGCAAUCUGGAUCGAAAGGAAAGAAAAGAAUAUCCCCCUAACAUUCAGAAGAUAGAAAAUGACUGUGUUAGUUUGUCCCCUCUUCAGGAGAAGCAAAGUGUGAUGGAGAACAGAGAAGAAUCUGAGUCAGAGUCAGGAAUUACAAGGAAGGUACAACUGAAACGUCACUGCACUUUAUAUCAGCCUGGUUUACUUCCAUCUCCUGCUACAAAAAAAUGUGCAACCCACCUAGAGAGCUUGGAACAGAACAAUUACUCUACCGUUUGCCCAUGCAUUGGGAAACCAAAUGAAAGUCAGAUCAAAUGCCAAAUUUGUGGAAGUUUUUAUAUUGGCAACUUGCAAAGACAGUCCAUGCAGAGUGAUUCUUUGGAACCUCUAGCACGAGAAUCAAUACAUGAGAAUUCAACAGGGCAGAAAUCUUUAAAUACAGGACAAAAUGCAAAGAAGUUUUAUGGAUCUUCUCCUGGAGCAGUUUCAGUCGAUUUCACGGUGAGGCGCAGUAUAGGUCCUACUCUGUUGCGGCCAAAUGGAAAAGUUGGUUCUAAAAUUACAGGAAAUUUAAGGCAGAGGAGUACAACAGCAUCUGAACUAAAUGAUCCAAUUGUUCUAUCCAGUGAUGAUGAAGAGGAGGAUGAAAUUGGCAGCACUAACAGAAUGGAGAGCAUAUCGCCACGGCCAGCAGAUUCAGCCUGUUCUUCUCCUGCACCUUCCACAGGAAAAGUGGAGGCAGCCUUGAAGGAACACACAUGUGAACCAGAACAAAGAUUAACCAGUAUUACAGCAGACACAGAACCUGCAGUCAUAUUACCAAGAAAAGCAAGAAUGAAAGACCAGUUUGGUAAUGUUGUCUCCAGUGCUCCAGUAAAGCGUCGCAAAGUUCUCUCUCAAGAAAUCACAACUGAUGUUGUAUCUUUAAAGUAUCAGAACUCUUAUGAAAGUGUCAUCCUGCACUGUCGAAGCAUAAGAAUAGGAACCCUGCGAAGAAUGGUGGUGGAUCCUGUAAUUUUUUGCCUAGACUAUAUCAAGAUACGCCUGGAAGAAUCAGAAAAUGAUACUAGGGAUAUUAAUUUAAAAACUUCUGAACUUACCAAAUGUGAGUGGUGUGGUGUACGCAAGUUGCCAGUAGUUUUCCUGCAAACUAUACCUGCUGCCUGUCAGAGCCUGAGAUCCCAACUGAAGAUGAGCAGGCAGAAGGAUAAUGUCUGGUAUGACUGUAAAGGUGCAAAUCCAGAAGAACAGUACAUCAUUUUAAUUUUUGAGACGAGCCUUGAUUCUCGAGCAAAUGGAAUAUUUGAAAAAAUAAUUGCUGAUAUUGGUGUCAGGAACAACAUUUCUGAUUUUUUUGUGAAAAUUACUUUUGAAGAAGCAAACAGUAGGCUUGUGGCCUUUACAAAAUCCUUUGAAGACACCUCUAGAGGAAGUACUGCUCAUAAAGAAGGCAAAACAAAACAUGUCUCUGAAUCCAAUAUGCAGUUGCGAAAUGCAACACAGUUCCAGUUUUUUGAUGAUGAUGAAAGUGGAGAACCUCAUACAGUCUUCAUUGGUCCUAUAGAAAAGUUGAUAGUUUAUCCCCCACCUCCUGCAAAGGGUGGUAUUUCUGUGACCAAUGAAGAUCUUCAUUGCUUAAAUGAAGGAGAAUUUUUAAACGACGUAAUCAUUGAUUUUUAUUUGAAAUAUCUGGUGCUUGAAAAGCUGAAAAAAGAAGAUGCUAAUAGAAUUCAUGUGUUCAGUUCUUUCUUUUACAAACGCCUUAAUCAAAGGGAGAGAAGAAAUCUUCAAGAAACUUCGAAACUCACAAUUCAGCAGAAAAGGCAUGGUCGAGUGAAAACAUGGACACGACAUGUUGACAUCUUUGAAAAAGAUUUUAUUUUUGUUCCCCUUAAUGAAGCGGCACAUUGGUUUUUGGCUGUCAUCUGUUUCCCAGGUUUAGAGAAACCCAUAUAUGAGACCAAUCCGUACUACCAGGAACAUGUAUCUACACAGGUUAAAUCUUUCUCUUUAGAUCAAGACAGAAGCACUUCAUCUCCUGUACCUAGUGAAUUGGAUCCAUUACAGCACUCCUCCUCUGAAACUAUUACAAAGAAGGUUCUGAACAAGAAGCAUAUUGUAGCAUUAACUGACACAAGCGCAGAAGCUGGGGAGAGUGAAUCACUGUAUUGCAAAAGAAACACUUCUGUGAAAGGUGGCUUUAAAAAACUAAAUCAGUUAAAUAGCACCAUAGAAGAAUUGAGAACUGUGGAAUCUGUAUUUCAUAAACAUGACCAUAGGACGUCAGAGGUGAAUGGCAUGCAGAACGAAGAUAAAAUUCAUAUCCAGGCUACAGAUGGUUUACAGAAAAUCAGACUGAACUAUAGUGAAGAUUCAACUGACAGCACUAAAUUAAAUGAAGAUGAGCUAAUAGAUUUUUCAGAAGAUCAAGAUAAUCAGGACAACAGCAGUGAUGAUGAUGGCCUUGCAGAUGAUAAUUGUAAUUCAGAAUUAGGACAAUGGCAUCUGAAGCCAACUAUAUAUAAACAGCCUUGCAUUCUGCUAAUGGAUUCAUUGAGGGGCCCUUCCCGAUCAAAUGUUGUUAGAACACUACGGGAAUACUUGGAGGUGGAGUGGGAAGUCAGGAAGGGUACUAAAAGAAGUUUCUCCAAAGAUGUCAUGAAAGGCUCAAACCCUAAAGUGCCACAACAGAAUAACUUCAGCGACUGUGGAGUUUAUGUGCUACAGUAUGUAGAGAGCUUUUUUGAGACUCCCAUUCUAAGUUUUGAACUACCAAUGAAUUUAACAGACUGGUUUCCUCGCCCAAGAAUGAAAACAAAACGAGAAGAAAUACGGAACAUAAUCCUGAAUCUGCAGGAACAGCAGAACAAAGAAAAGAAGGGACAGAAGGACAUUAAAUUGACAGAGAAAUAUUUUCAGGAAGGGGCAGAACAAUUUAUCAGCAGCUGUUCAGACUGAAUAUUGCUACAUUAAAAACCUUGAAAUUUACCAUAUCUUCUCUGCCCAAACUAAUGACUUUGGAGUAUUAUCAACUCAAACUUAUUGGAUGCUUAUAAAUGUGUCAUCAAUUGAACAGACUUCCCUCAAUAUAUUAACUAGACAAAACUGUACAUAUGUUAAUUAGGCCAACUUUUUUCAACAUUUGUAAUUAAGUUUUUCACUACUUAGGAAACCUUUUGUUAUGUAUUUCUGUUAAUAGAACUUAAUAGCAACUUCUAGACACAAAUCAAAUAAAGAAAAUAUUUAUAGGAUACAUUGGUUAACCUUUUCUGUGUUUAAGUAAAGCUGUCAUUGAACAUUUCCCAGCAAGGCUUCUGUAAUGCAUGGGGAAUACUUAUGUAGCAAGAUGAUCAAAUCCACACUUUGAUUUACAGUUGCCAUUAUAAGAUGUGUCUGCUUCAGCUGUGUACAACAAUAUAAGAAUGUGGCUCAAUGCAUUGUUUCUAAGGUGAGUUGUUUGCACUUAAAAUACAAGUGCAGGCAAUAUAAUUUCAGUAAAGAACACGUCAGAUAAUGAAAGAAGGAACUUCACAAGUGCUUGGGAUAAUGCUUCUUUAUGGCCACACGUUUUACUCAAGCAGUAUUUAACACAGUCUCAAACAUAAGAGAGUUUAAGUAAUACUAUUGAACCCUUUUUUGUAGUUCCUGAUCGUUGUAUUUUGACAAUUCUUUCAUUAUAAAAUUGUAUUUUUGGUAAGUGUGCUUGAAAUAGCAGCAAAUUGCCCACCUUACAUUUUCUGUGUCAGAAUUCUGAAUGUUGCAUUCAUAUGUGCUUUACCUGAUGAACUUUUUUUAAACGUAUGAGUACUAUUUUUUGUAUCGUCCAGAAAAACCAAAAUAUUGCUAGAUUUCAUUGCUCGCUUGCUUGUUUCCUUUUUAAUUUUAAGUAGAGUUAUCUACCAACACUGAAUCAACUUGUUGGCAUAUUUCCAUGAUAUAAUUUGAUUUUUAAAUUAUGUGUUUUUUUUUUAAAAAAAUACAGCCUUAUGAUACCAGGUUGUCUAAAAGCCCAAAAGAAAGCAGGUCCCUUCCAUAACUUAAGAAAUAUUCACAAGGUAUUGUAGUCAAAAUGAGGGAAUAGAAACUCCUUUGCAAAUAUGUUUUGGUGUAACAAUACUUUUGUCCAAAAGAGCCGUUUGUGGGAGGGAAGAUAAUAUUAGAUGGAAUAUCCAGGGAGAAUUAUUGACUAUACAGGAAGCUUUAUAUACCACCAUUACUCCAUACAUCCUUUUAACCUUUUUAGAAAAUGACAUUCUAUAUAGAAACUUGCAUCUUUGCAUCAGCUCUUGAUUCUUAUAGUGGUGUCACCUGCUCAGUGUACAUGUUUUUGUUUACAUGGAGCUAGCUCUGAGAAUGAUUUGUCCAAAGAGAUGUUCUGAAGACCAAGCUGCUUACAUAUAAUUGGCUUCAAUUUAAAAAGCCCAACUUUAGGGUUGCAACCUUAAGCUUUCCAUACUUUCCCAAUAUUUACUUUUGCUAGACAAGUUGUAGAGCCCACAUGGCAUUGUCAGUGCUACACUCAAGAAAUCUAUGGUGAUAACAUGGGACUGAAGAAACAACUGUUGGGAUUGACAUUACCCAACAAUUAUGUCUGAAAAGUGUCAGAAUUACUAGUAAUUUUUUUUAAAAAGCUAGCUAGAGUUAACCUAAAAAAGGGUUGGCAACAUUUGUUGGUUUUGCAAUUUGUUUUAUAGUUCUUUUUGAACAAGUUAUACUAGAAGAGGAGACUUGCUUAGCAAAAUGCAUACUUUCCAGUGCAAGGUUAUUGUUGAAAUGAGAACUUUGUUUUUGUUCUUUAACAGGUUGUGGUGUACCUUAGUUUCUGAUUAUUCGGUUUUGUUCUUCAGAAUGCCCUGAAGCUUGUAUUCCUUUUCAAGAUGUGAAGAAUGCAAUGUUUCUCUUAAUAUUAUGGUAAUAGAUCAGUCAUGCAGCAACCUGAUACACAUGUUGAUA